AUGGCGGUGAGGGGGGCAGGAGAUAGAUCGGACACAGACACACUGAUCAGCAGAACCACUGCAGCUGCAAGAGAAGCAGAAGAAGAUGUGACAAUGAGAGCAGUGCUCUCACAGCUCAUUGAUACUACUGUCUUCAAUCUGGCUUUCUUGACAGUCACAGAGGCCACUGCUGCAUCAUGA